GGCGACGGAGUGAGUUGGGACCCGGGGGUGGGGUGUCCCAUUAAAGGGGGGGGUGGGUAACGGAACGACAAUCGUCUUCCGGCCGCCAUCUUUGCAGCCCCCCCCUCCCUAAAGGGCUCGGAGCUCCGGAUGUUCCGGACUCUGGCACAGUUAUUUCUGGUGGGAGCGCUUUGGCUGCCGGCAAAUCUCACCUGGGCUGAUUUAGAAGAUCGAGAUGGACGGGUUUUUAUGCCAAGCCUCCGACCUUUAUAUCACCAUCCCCAUGGUUUCCUCUUCCUCAUCGUACGGAACCUAUUCGAAAGGUACGUGGCCACCCCCCUGGCCGGGCUGCUGGGUGUGAAGGAGCGUGUCAGGCUGAGAGCUGCCCCUAAUGCUGUGCUGGAGAAGUUCUACGCCUCCACCUCCAGGCAGCCCAAACAGGCUGACGUGGAGCUGCUGUCCAGGAGGAGCGGCUGCUCCGUGCGCCAGGUGGAACGUUGGUUCCGGCGUCGCCGCAAUCAGGACCGUCCCAGUCUGCUCAAGAAGUUCAGGGAGGCCAGUUGGAGAUUCACGUUUUACCUUCUUGCUUUCAUUGCUGGCAUGGCUGUCAUAGUGGAUAAGCCGUGGUUCUACGACCUCCGGGAGGUGUGGAAGGGGUACCCCAUCCAGAGCAUCCUGCCCUCCCAGUACUGGUACUACAUGAUCGAACUCUCCUUCUAUUGGUCGCUGCUCUUCAGCAUUGCUUCUGAUGUCAAGCGCAAGGACUUCAAGGAGCAGAUCAUCCACCACGUGGCCACCAUCAUCCUCAUCAGCUUCUCCUGGUUUGCCAACUACGUCCGUGCAGGGACGCUCAUCAUGGCGCUGCACGACUCCUCUGAUUACCUGCUGGAGUCAGCCAAGAUGUUCAAUUAUGCCAACUGGAGGAACACCUGCAACAACAUCUUUAUCGUCUUCGCCGCCGUCUUCAUUGUCACCCGUCUGGUCAUUCUGCCCUUCUGGAUCAUGCACUGCACUGUGGUUUACCCUCUGGAGCUCUACCCAGCCUUCUUUGGUUAUUACUUCUUCAACGUCAUGAUGGGAGUGCUGCAGCUGCUGCACAUCUUCUGGGCUUUCCUCAUCAUCCGCAUGGCACACAAGUUCAUAACUGGAAAGGUGGUGGAGGAUGAGAGGAGCGACCGAGAGGAGACGGAUAACUCUGAGGAGGAGGAGGAGGUGAUGAAGAACGGCCCCCUGUCCAACGGGCACCCCCCCGUCCUCAACAACAACCACCGCAAGAACGACUGAGCGCCUCCCCCUCCCCCCAACAGCCAGGGGGGGGUCACACAGUGCCAGGGGGGGUCCCCAUCCCCUCCAUCCUCCCCUUCUCCCCCCACCCACUCUCUUUGCCUUUCACCCACUGCCUUAAAGGGGUCCGAGGCGGCUCCUGCCCUCAACGCCCCACAUCCCCCCCACAUCCCCACCCCCCCAUUGAUGUCAGUGCUGUGGGAGGUGGGGCAGAG